AUGGUGGACAACAUCCCCGAGGAGGUGAAACAUUCAAGGCUGCCCAAAGUGUCAAUUUCUGGAGCGUCGCCUCCAAGGAAUGAAGGAAUUAAAGCAUUGAUCAAGCAAAUAUCUCUUAUGGACCCAGAUGUGAUUGGAAGCAGAAUUUUUGUUAGAUACGAAUUUUACAAUUGCCUGACUGUCAUAUAUAUCGACACUUGA